AUGUCAAAUGUAUAUGAAUCGCACUCGGUACCUUUAUUAAAAAACAAAAACAAUUCUAUCAAACUGAUACAUUUAUUGUUUAUUCAGUGUAGUUUUGUAUUUUAAUCGUAUUACGUAUUUUAUUUUUUGUUUAUGGAAGUCCGGUGAUUUUAUGUUGUGCGUGAUCGCGGUAAAAAUUAAAAAAUCAACAUGGGACCUACGGAUAUAAAAGUAGUGCUUUUAGGCAGCGAACACGUUGGAAAAACUAGUUUAGUGCUAAGAUUUGUUAAUUGUAGAUUUAAUGAAUCAUUGCCUUAUCAAAACACUGUGGGUGCAGCGUUUUGUGCAAAAAUAAUGCAUUCAAGUGAUAAAGACUUCAAAGUCGGAAUUUGGGAUACAGCUGGCAGUGAAAGGUACGAAGCAAUGACACGCAUCUAUUAUAGAGGUGCUCAUGCCGCUAUAAUCUGCUAUGAACCUUCUAGCAUAGAAUCUUGGACGCGGCUGAGACAUUGGCUGCACGAAUUACGGACCGUAGAGGAGGACUGUAAAGUAUACCUCUGCGGUACAAAGAAGGACCUUUUGGACGGUGGCUAUGUUUCAAGACACGUUCCCGAGGACAUAGUGUGCACAUACUCCAGGGAUCUGAACGGACAUUUCCUGACUUCCAGCAAGACCGGAGAGAAUGUUGAUGAACUCUUCCAAAAAAUAGUGGACGACUGUGCUGCAGAUAUGAAGUUAAUGAAGCAAGUGGAGGAACAAAAACUACAAUUGCAGAAAGAAGAGGCGGCUAAAGCUAAAAAUAAGGAGUAUUGCUCUUGCUGAGACUGGCGGCUUUGCAGGCCGGCAUAAUUAUAGCUACUGGCGAGAAUGUGCAGUGGCGUGGACGUUAAGGGAAAUAGGGGACCGUGCCCAAUCCCAAUUCGAGUUGUAAAUUAUGUAUGAGAAAAAAUAUGGUAGCUAAGGGGGCUCCCAUAAGGGGUGGGAGUUGGUGGAUGCCCACUAAAAUAUCUUAAGGCGUAUGAAUUAUUUAUUUUGAUCAGAGAAAUAAAUAACUUCUCCAUUUUGUGGAAAGUGUGUGGUCUAAUUGCGCUUCUGCCCACCCUUUCGGGGAUAAGGCGUCAAUGUGUGUACACAGGCCAUGUCUUGUAUUAAUAAAAGGAUUUUUUGUAGUUUUGUAGUAAUAGCGUUAUUUGAUUGUUUGAUUUUUAUGCAUUUAUUAAUAUGUAACAGCAAUUAGUACAAAAAAGAAAUCCUGUGAAAACAGCAUUAAAAUUCGAUAAGAAAUAAGGCAGUAAUUCAAAUGUCAAAUAUUGCUACGUGCAGAAGUGUGUGAAGUGGGGAAAUAUCGCUCUCUUUCUUUCGCACGUAUCAUAAUGCCCGCUGACGUCACAUGCAAGUAUUCCGUCUCUUUUCUGUUCUUUGACAGUCAGUCGUACUACCAAAUUUCAAUGGCUUGUAACUUGUGGAUUUUUCAUCAGAUUUCUUCUGUUUUAAAAUACGACGUACAUGUUUUGUAAAAGUUAUAAAAGAAUAAGUCAAUUACUCUAUUUUAAUUGACUAUUGGAGACGAAGCCACGUGCAAAUACUUGUUUUAUAAGAGCAGCUGAAAUGUGUGGAUAAUAAUAAUAAAAGAAUUUGCAAAUCUUCAUCCCCACUUAUUAACCAAAGACUUAGUUUUACGCGGUAUUAAAUUAUUUUUAUCAAAAUAUUAA